AUGACACAACUACCCAAACCCCUCGUCCUGCAUGGCAAACUUAUCGUCCCCAAUCCAUUCAAAGUAGCCCUGAUCCUCGGCGAGCUAAACCUCCCCUACAUCAUCGACCUCAUCGAAUUAGCCGACGUGAAAACCCCCGCCGCCCUUAACCCCAACGGCCGCCUCCCAGCCCUCACCGACCCAAACACAGGCCUCGGGAUCUGGGAAUCCGGCGCAAUCAUCGAAUACCUAGUGGCCAUGUACGAUAACGGACCAAAGCGCAAGCUGAGCUUCGAGCCCGGCAGUGUAGACCACUGGCAUGCCAUCCAGUGGCUGCACUUCCAAAUGUCCGGUCAGGGUCCGUAUUUCGGACAGUCGUUCUGGUUUCAGAACCACCAUCCGGAGAUUUUGCCCAGCGCGAUUACGCGGUAUGAGAAUGAGGCGAGACGGGUUUGCAGUGUGUUGGAUGGGUGGUUGGAGGGCAGGCUGGGGAAGUGUAUUCGUUAUGGCACGGAUGGGGGUGCGUUUGAUCAGGAGAAGGAGUUCCCCCAUAUGCAUGCUUGGCUCGAGCGGAUAAAGGGCCGCGAGGCAGUGAAGAAGGCCUUCGUGGCGCGUGCGGAGGCUAAAAAGGGCCAGACGGAACGGGAGGUGAAGAAGUAG